CUCCGCGGGGCGGGGGGCGGGGGGCGCGGGCCGAGCUGCGGCCGCUCUGGACAUGUCGGGCCCGCGCGCCGGCUUCUACCGGCAGGAGCUGAACAAGACGGUGUGGGAGGUGCCGCAGCGGCUGCAAGGGCUGCGCCCGGUGGGCUCGGGCGCCUACGGCUCCGUCUGCUCGGCCUACGACACGCGGCUGCGCCAGAGGGUGGCGGUGAAGAAGCUGUCGCGCCCCUUCCAGUCGCUGAUCCACGCGCGGAGGACGUACCGCGAGCUGCGGCUGCUCAAGCACCUGAAGCACGAGAACGUGAGCUGGGGGCUGCCGGGCCGGGGGCGGGGCGCCCGCGGGCCGCCGAGCCCUGACUGCCCUCUGCACCCAGGUCAUCGGGCUGCUGGACGUGUUCACGCCGGCCACCUCCCUCGAGGACUUCAGCGAAGUGUACCUGGUGACCACGCUGAUGGGCGCCGACCUGAACAACAUCGUCAAGUGCCAGGCGCUGAGCGACGAGCACGUCCAGUUCCUGGUGUACCAGCUGCUGCGCGGGCUGAAGGUGGGCGCGGAAGCGGGGGGCGGGCGGGGGCGCAGGGGGCAGAGCCUGACGCCCCCGCCGUCUCCCCCUCGCAGUACAUCCACUCGGCGGGGAUCAUCCACCGGGACCUGAAGCCCAGCAACUUGGCUGUGAACGAGGACUGCGAGCUGCGGAUCCUGGACUUUGGGCUCGCGCGCCAGGCGGACGAGGAGAUGACUGGCUACGUGGCCACGCGCUGGUACCGGGCCCCUGAGAUCAUGCUGAACUGGAUGCACUACAACCAGACAGUGGACAUCUGGUCUGUGGGCUGCAUCAUGGCCGAGCUGCUCCAGGGAAAGGCCCUCUUCCCAGGAAAUGACUACAUCGACCAGCUGCAGCGCAUCAUGGAGGUGGUGGGCACGCCCAGCCCUGAGGUUCUGGCAAAGAUAUCGUCGGAGCACGCCCGGACCUACAUCCAGUCCCUGCCCCACAUGCCCCAGAAGGACCUCCGGAGCAUCUUCCAUGGAGCCAACCCCCUGGCUGUGGACCUCCUGGGAAGGAUGCUGGUGCUGGACAGCGACCAGAGGGUCAGUGCAGCCGAGGCCCUGGCCCAUGCCUACUUCAGCCAGUACCACGACCCCGACGAUGAGCCCGAAGCCGAGCCCUACGACGAAAGCGUUGAGGCCAAGGAGCGCACGGUGGAGGAGUGGAAGGAGCUCACCUACCAGGAAGUCCUCAGCUUCAAGCCCCCAGAGCCACCGCAGCCGCCUGGCAGCCUGGACAUUAAGCAGUGAGGGGAAUGCGGCUCGCCAGCCGCACUCGGACCCGAGGAGGGGCCUGAGCCCCCC